AACCACCUUUGGCAGUCCCAUUUCCCAUUUUAUGGCGACGACGAGAUGAUCUACUACAGUCAAGACGAGUUCUUCACUCUGUUGUCCAAAGUACAAGGGUCGGCUUUCCGCGGCAACGGCCCUCGUCGCGCCCUCCUCAUGGCAUGGUUUGCGACGGUGGUUAUGAUCGGCAACCACGUGUACUCGAUCGCAUUUUUCAAUACCACGGUCAGUGUCGCGUGCACGUACACCCUCAACGUAUUCAACGUGUUCCUGGGUCUGCUGAUUUCGUUCCGACUCAAUUCCGCCUUCAAUCAAUGGCGGUCUGGUGUUGUGGCCAUGGGAUCUGUUGGCGACGCUGCCCGCGGGAUUGUGUCGUCGACUAUUGCAUUCUUGGACUUGGGGGUGGACGGCGAAGAGAAGCUGCGCUUUGCGAGUGAAUUGCGUCGACUUGUCUGCUUGUACGUGUCGAUCUUGGUGCAAGACGCAAGAGGGUGUGCACAAGAAGACUUGAGUUCAUUUAUCCAGUGUCAUCUGCUUGCUGAAAAUGAAGCGGAAGAAAUGAAGCGAUGUGGCGUCGUGUGUAACCGGGCUCGCGUGCAAAAAGGUCGUGGUGUUACCGUUGCGCAGGCGAACCCGUACAAGUUGCGGUCGUCGAUGGUGGAGCUUUGGAUCCGUCGAUUGAUCCAAAUCGCGCACCGGCGAAACUGGUAUGGCAUGCCGCAAACGGCCGCCCUCAACGGAUACGUGUCGACCCUCGUCAGCUUAUACUCGACGAUCUACAACAUUGCCAACAUCCCUAUUCCGUUCAACUACGCUCACUUCCUCGUCGUCGUCAUGACCAUCUACCUGACUGUGUACACGUUUGUGAUCGUGCACUCGUCGAGCUACUUUACCCCAUUGUGGGUGUACGGCUGGGGCUUUGUCAUUUUUUCCGCAGAUGACGUGGCGCGUGAAAUCGAAUGUCCUUUUGGCACCGAUGCGAACGACAUCGAUUUGGAAAACCGCAUUGUGCGCAUCGAAGAAGAGCUCGACGUUGUCCUCCGAAGUGCAUACAUGCACGAAAUGGCACUGCGUGCAGAGGCCAUGGGAUAUUCGUCCCAUUCGACCAACUCAACUGAUUCCGCAUGUGUUGACAGCAUGCCUCUGUCCGAACUAAGUGACCACGUUGACGCCGAAGAAGUCAGCAACUCACCGCCUGAAAUCCCCAUGCCCGUGGCGCCAUUGUUGCGGUUCAUGCUCACACACUCGACGGCUGAAAUGGAUACGCCAGGAUGCCUCAAUGCAGCCGAAGAGGGACGGGCGCCUCCUGAGGGAGAGCCGUUAACUACAGCGACCGUCCAGCCAGGAUAUGGCUCGGUUAGCUCUGUCCGCGACGCUGUCUGGUUGUAGUUGGUCCUGUUGAAUUCCUGGCCGCUGGAUACAAUUGAACCAGAUACAAUGUAGUAUUUGUGGGUUGUCCACUGCUUCAAGUACAUUCCUGAAGUACAUUACAUGUCAUACAAUCCGUA